AUGAUCCCAUUUCAUUAUUGUCGUUACCGAGUUUACGUUUUGACAAUUUUUCCAAAUUAUAAACGAAAAGUAGCUGACGAAAAUAUGACUACCGUCGAUAUCAUGAGCCCAAGUUCUAUAGUCGAUCAAUUCGUUUUCAAUCCGGGUUACCAACAAUUUUUUGCAAUAAAAUCAAAUUUCGAACAAUUACGCAUAAGCCAAACGAAUUUCAAAACUCCGAGAUUUCUUCGAGUCGAUGAUAACUUGUUUUCAUCAUCGAAUUCAGAUGAGAUCACUUGCCCACAUUGCUUUACCCCACAAUCUGUUUUUUGUGUAGUUGAAGAUAUAAAUGAACAUUCAAAGAAAUUUUAUAUUUGCAUGUCACACGGUGAUGAUGGAUGUGGGUGGCAAGGUGAAGAGAAACCGAUUGAAGAUGAUACUAAAAAACGCAUAAAGGAAAAAUAUGGGUUUAUACCAUUGCGACUAAAUUAG